AUGGAGGAUGUUGGACAUAUGCACGAUGAGACAACGCGGCUGCUGGACGUUAAUACCCCAUGGCGGACGGGGUAUUUUGCAAUUGGAGAAGAGAGAAUGGAAACAGGAAUUGCAGACAUGACAAGAUCAGUAGCAGCAGAGGGAGAGGAAGAGAGGUUUCCGACAGCACAGCUGUGUGUUCUCGCAUUCGUCCGAAUCAUCGAACCUAUAACCUUCACCUCCGUACUCCCCUACAUCUACAGCCAAACUCGCUAUCUUCUCACCACCCCCUCUGACCCCCAUCCCACGGGCUCGAUAGCGCUCUACUCCGCGCUCCUCAUCUCCUCCUUUGCCUUCAGCGAGACGCUCACCUCCCAUCUCUGGGGCACUCUCUCCGACAAAUAUGGCCGCAAACCCAUCAUCCUUAUCGGUCUUGCCGGCUCCCUACUCUCCCUCCUCCUCUAUGGUCUCGCCCCCAACAUCGCCCUCGCCAUGACCGCCCGCAUCCUCGGUGGCCUCCUCAACGGCAAUGUCGGCGUCCUGCAGACAGCCGUUAUGGAGCUGACUGGGGCGCGCGAGGACUGGCGCGCGAAGGGGCAGCUAGUGCUGCCGUUUGUUUGGUGUCUGGGGAGUAUCAUAGGCCCUGCGAUUGGUGGGGGGUUGGGCCCUAGCGGGCGUGAAGGUGAAACCGGCAGCGGAGACAGCGUGGAGAUGGGGGUGUAUCAGCUCAGUGCGGGGGUCCCAUUGAUAAUGAGGUUCCCGUACUUAUUACCCAACAUUGUGUGUGCGCUCGUGGCGCUGAUGGGGAUUGUGGUCGGGUGGCUGUGGAUGGAAGAGACGAAUAAGGCGGCCACUAAGGACGAUACGGGUCUUGCUGUCGGCCGCUACAUUCUCGAGGGCCCUAAAGCGCUGUUGGCACAGCUGCUGAAGCGUGCUGAUACCACACCGCCGCCCGCAGACGUCGGGGAUGAGAGCAAUGGUACGAAGGAGGGAGACGACGACGAGGCGGACAGAGUAAGUGUAUAUGAGUCCAGCGCACUCACUACCGCGAACCCGUCGUCGUCCACAUCGCUAUACGCCUCUCUCUCCGCCCUCGACUCCACUACAAGCACCCUAACCGGCUCCACCUCCACUCUCCAUACCUCAGCAGACAAACCCGCAGCAGCAGCAGCAGGGAAGAAAUCAAUCUACACUCCCCGCUUUUACUUACUCAUGGCCGGCUUCUUUAUCCUCUACUACCAUACGACGGCGGCCGAGCACCUCCUCGCCAUCUUCCUCCAGUCCUCCCCGCUGCCGCCUCUCUUCCCCGGCACCGACAUCGGCCUGCUACCCGAGGGCUUCGGCUUCAACACUCACUCCAUGGGCGUUCUAUUCCUCAUCCAAGGCGUCUUCCAGAUGACUCUGCAGUUCACCGCCUUCCCCUUCCUCGCGCGGAGGUGGAGCAACAUGACGAUCUACAUCGCAACACUGUGUCUGUAUCCUCUUUUCUACGCCUUGAUGCCACUGCUGGUACUGUUGACGCCGGGGUCAACAGUGUUUUAUAGCUGCCUGGCGGGGCUGCUGGCAAUGAAGGUGGUGCUGGAGAUUACAUGUUAUCCGGCGCUGUUCCUGGUGCUGUAUGAGACCGCCGUUACGGGGCCAGGGGGUGCGGCCGCGAUGGGCAGCGUGUAUGGGUUGAGUGCUGCUGUGGCGGGGGCGGCGAAGGGGGUUGGACCAGUAGUGACGGGGUGUGUGUGGAAGUUGGGGGUUGGCGGAGGCGGGGUGGGGUGUGCGUGGUGGGCGUUGGCGGGGAUGGGGGGGUUGGGAUUGGUAGGUGCUGUGGGGCUGGUUGUUGGUGGUGAGGGGAAGGGGGGAAGGGCGUGGAGGAGGAGGUGGGGGUGGAGGUCUAGAGGGUGUUUUUGUAGAUAG